UCAGGACUGGGAGACAUGGAACCCGUUUCUCCGGCGGAAGCGAUCGAUGGCAGAAAGAGGACUACGGAGCCGUUGUGGGGCAGCAAUGAGCGGAGACACUUCAUAAACACCUCGUGGUAUGAAAAGAAGAGGAUUUGAAGUCAGGCUACUGAAAUCAAGCAUCACACUGUGAUCUGAUGGAGUCACCCAAUUCAUCACAACUAGACUAUCAACAGAUUUUAAACAUGGAAGGAGAAAGCACUGUUCACAGUGGGGAGAACAGAUACAUGUGUUCUGUGUGCAGAGAAGGCUUCAGCCAAUCAAGUGGCCUCAAGAACCACAAAUGCAAUCAUGCUGGGGAGAAACCGUGGAAAUGCGGGUACUGUGAGAAAGGGUUCAGUCACCGUUCUGCGCUUGAAAUUCAUCAACGUGUUCACACUGGGGAAAGGCCAUUCAUCUGCUCCCUUUGUGGGAGGGGAUUCACUCAGUUAUCCACUCUAUUGAAACACCAGAGAGUUCACAGUGAGGAGAGACCUUUUAAAUGUCCAGACUGUGGGAAGUACUUUAAAAGUUCCAGUGAUCUGAUGUCCCAUCGGCGUGUUCACACUGAGGAGAGACCUUUUAAAUGUCCAGACUGUGGGAAAUGUUUUAAAAGUUCCAGUGAGCUGAUGUCCCAUCGGCGUGUUCACACUGGGGAGAGACGGUUCAGGUGCUCUGACUGUGGGGCUGGCUUCAAGUGGUCAUCUCAACUCACUGUUCACCAGCGCAUCCACACUGGGGAGAGGCCAUUCACCUGCUCUGAAUGUGGAAUUGGAUUCACUCAAUCAUCCCAUCUCAAGUCACAUCAGCAGGUUCAUACUGAAGAGAGACCUUUUAAAUGUACAGACUGUGGGAAGUGCUUUAAAAGUUCCCACUAUCUGCAGUCUCAUCAACGUGUUCACACUGACGAGAGACCUUUUAAAUGUUCAGAGUGUGGGAAAUGCUUUAAGGGUUCCGGGGAGCUGAUCGUCCACCAACGUGUUCACACUGACGAGAGACCAUUCAGAUGCUCUCACUGUGGAAACGGGUUCAAGAGAUCAUCCCAACUCACUCUACACCAGCGUCUUCACACUGGGGAGAGGUCAUUCAUCUGCUCUGAAUGUGGGCAGGUAUUCAUUCGGUUCUCCACUCUGUUGAAGCAUCAGCGAGUUCAUUCUGGGGAGAGGCCAUUCACCUGCACUCAGUGUGGGAAGGGAUUUUGUGAGUCUUUCCACCUUAAGGCACACCAGCGAGUUCACACUGAGGAGAGACCCUUCAAAUGUCCAGACUGUGGGAGGAGUUAUAAAAGCUCAGGGGAGCUGAAGUUGCACCAACGUGUUCACACCGAUGACAGACCAUUCAGGUGCUCUCACUGUGGGACUGGGUUCAAGUGGUCAUCUCGUCUCGCUGCACACCAGCGCACUCACACCGGAGAGAGACCGUUCACCUGCUCCGAGUGUGGGAAGGGAUUCACUCAGAAAAUUCACCUGUUGACACACCAGCGAGUUCACACAGGGGAGAGACCUUUUAAGUGUACACACUGUGGGAAGUGCUAUGUAAGAUCCUGGGAUCUGAUACGCCAUCAACACGUUCACUCUAAUGAGAGGCCUUUUAAAUGUCCAGAAUGAGGCAAGUGUUUUAAAAGUUCGGGAAUUGAUGCUACAAUGUUCACACCAACGAGAGACCAUUCAAUGCCCUUACUGUGGGACUGGGUACGGACGAUCAUCCCAACUCACUGUACACCAGCAUUUUCACACUGGAGAAAAGCCAUUCAUCUGCACUGAAUGUGGGAAAGGAUUCCCUCAGAAAUCCCACUUAAUUGGCACACCUGCUGAGACAGCAGCGAGUUUACGAGUGAUUUCAGGAGUCUGUAUUUUUCUGUUAAUCACAUCCAGGAUAAAAGCACAUUAAAACAUCCAGCCCAGCUUUAUGUGAUAACACUAUGGGUAAAGAUAAAUAUUUGGAUUUUAAUUGAACACACAGUCUGCUGAAUCUAUUUAAUAUCCCAAACAAUUCCUUUGAAUAUAAAUCAGAAAACUAGAUGCCCAUGUAAUAUGGGCUGUAAGUAAUAAUAGGUGAUUUCAUUUCACAUAUAAAGUGGGAGCAGCUACUCAGCACGAAUGCUGUGGAGGGUGAAUGUCUGCAGUUCGUACUGAAGCAGAACAUUGAAGGACCAAGCAGGAAUCAUAUUGUUUUAGGUUCUGUAAAGAGACACUGUAAUUUAUAACUUUACUGUUAAGGGGCCUUUUGUUGAAUAGAGACCAUAAUGUGGAAUUUUUAAUCAAGUUUGGAAAUGAUAUAGUUCAUUCUGGAGUUAGGGUCUCCAACCUGAACAAUGUAAAUAUAAAGAUUGGAAUGGCAAGUUGGCUGUGAGGGAUUGGUAAAACAGUGAUUUGAAAGUACACAGGUAGUAAUAGGAUUUGAAGAUGUAUUGCAUGGUUUACAACAAUUAUGCAUUUCCUGAAGACAGGAAAAAUAAAUCAGCUAUGGCUGACAAAAGGACUGAAAGAUUACAUCAAAUCAAAGAUAGUGGUUUUGAAGGUUGCACAAAAAAGCGAUAAACUGAGGCAUUGGGAGUAAUUUUUAAUCUAACAAAGGAUGAUCAAGAAACUAAUGAGAUAGAAGAUGUAUGGAAGCUCACAGGAAACAUAAAGGUGGACUGUAAAUGUUGCUUAGGUAUAUGAAUGCAAAAAAUGCAAAAGCCUCCCAGAUUGGCAUCCUACCUAUCAGCUUCAACAUCCACUCCCUCAUCACUGAUGCACAGUUGCAGAAAUGUGUACCAUCUACAAGGUACACUGUAGUAACUCACCAAGGCUCCUCCAACAGAACUUUCUCCCAACCUGUCACCAACAAAGACAAAGACAGUACAUGCAUGGGAAUACCACUUAUCGCAAUUUUGCUGUCAACCCAUACUCCAUCAUAACUUGGGCCAAAUCACCUUCUUUCAUAAUCACUAGGUCAGGAAUACGGAACUCUCUUCUUAACAGCACAGUCAAUGCCUUGAUAGCCCAAAGACUGCAAAUAUUCAAGAAAUCAGAUCACUACCACCUUUUCCUGGGCAAUUAGGAUUGGGCAAUAAAUGCUGGCAGAGCCAACAACACUCAUCUCAUGAAUGAAUAGAAAAUUAUAGGAGUGAUUCUUCACUGAGCAUUUGUAAAGGAUGUUUCAGGGAAAAUGGAUUAAACUGCUGUUUAUGUUAA